AUGUGCUUUAAAUAUUUAAGUAAAAUUGAUAUAUUUGGUAGUAGAAUAACUCUUAGAUUUAAAGGAGAAUCAACAUACAAAUCAAAAUUAGGAUCAACAGUCACUCUUUGCAUUUUUGGAAUUAUUGCUUUUCGUUUAAUUUCAAUAAUAAUAUCUAUCUACUAAAGAAAAAACCCUAUUCUAACUUAUCAAGAAAGACAAGUUGACAACCCUGCUUAGUUUAUUGCUAAUAGUAUGACAUUCCCAUUUGCUUUUGCUAUGCAAGAUCCUGUAACUAAAAAUUAUUAUGUUGAUGAAAGCAUAUACACUGCUACAGCAACACUUAUGUAAAAGUAUUUAGUUUUUAAUUAGAAUACUUAGUAAUAUGUUACUGUUUGGAAUAAUACUGAAAUUCCUGUUCAACGCUGCACCAAGGAAAAUUUCUAAAAUUAAGAAAAUGCUAAUUAUUUCUUGAAGUUAAAUUACACUAAUAUGUAUUGCUUUCCUCCUGAUGCACAGAUAUCAAUUUAAGGAGAUUUUCCCUCUCCGAUUUUGUAGUAAAUUAAGUUUACUUUGUAGUAAUGUUUAACAAAUUGCAAGUCUCCAAAUGAGCUUAAUUAUUAUCUUAUGAAAAGUGGGAUAGGUUUACAACUUUCAGAUGCUUAUGUUGACCCUAAUAUCAAAGAUAACCCUUUUAAAAUGUAUUCUAGAGAUAUGUAUUUUCCGAUUAGUAAGCUAAUGCCAAAAGACGUUUUCAUAAAUAUUAGAAACAAUUAUGUAUAUAGUGAUUUUGGCUGGUUUACUUCUGAUAUAAUAAAUUAAGUCUUCCCUUCAUAUAGCUUCUAUGAAGACUUUGUCUAUCCAGCAGAUUUUCAAAAUUAUUACUUGAGUGUCACAAUCAGACUUGAAAAGUAAAAAGAAAAUGUUUUUUAAAGAUCCUAUCCAAAGUUUACGGAUGUAAUAUCUUAAAUAGGAGGUUUUUCUUAAACUCUUUUAGCAAUUGGGUUCAUCAUUUGCAAUAAUUUUUCUUAGCUUUAAUUAAAUCAAUAAAUUAUAAACUCAGUAUUCAACUACGAUGAAACAAGAACAACAGAUUAAUAAAAAUAAAGGAAUAUAUAAUAAAAACAGGUAAUAUUGAAGCAACAAAACAUUGGAUAAAGCAUGAAUUUAUAAGAUAGAAAAAAUGAAUAAAAUUUAUCUUCUUCAAAGUAGAAAUCUAAGUAAGAAAAUAAAAAUAGUUUGUAAGAAUAAAAUAAUUAGUAAGUAUAAAUUCCAUAAAGUUUUUUAUAAAAAAUUGACUAAGAACAAACUAAAUUACAAAAUGUGAUACCAGAAUAAAGCACUCCAUUAAAUACAAGCAAAAACAUGAGUUAUUAAUAAUAAAAAUUUAGCUAAUUUUUAUAAGAGCAAAUGGAAGGUGAUAAAAGUACUAACAUUAAUGAUAGAUCUAAGAAACAUAACAGAUAAUCAAAAUUUCAAGAAAAAUAAAAAAAAUAUUAGAAAGAGUAAAUAUUCAAAGAAAAUCAAUUUGACGAGCUCAUAUAAAAGGAAACAAAAAGUAUGAAAAUGAAUUUGUGGGAAUAUUUUAAAUCAUUAAUUUACCCAUGUGGUUAUUUGAAAGAUAAAAAGUAAAUAAUUAACUACAGCAUAGAAAAACUUUACUAUAAUCUUGAUAUUAUGUAAAUACUUAAAAGGCUGAUUGAAGUUGAAAAAUUAAAAAGACUAUUGCUUGAUUAAGAUUAAAUUCGAUUGUUUGACUAUUUACCAAAACCAACUAUUAAUCCAGAUUUAGUUUUCAAAAGUUAAAAUAAUCAGAAUUCACUCAAAAGUUAAGAAAUAGAUUUACUUUAUUCAGAUAAUAGAUCAGAACUUUAAAAGACUAGAGAAGCUUUUAAAGCUUACUAGUAAAUACUAUCUAAAUAAAAUAAUACUUAUCUUGAUCAAAAGAUUUUAGAAACGUUAGAUCCAAAUUUAGUAGCAAUUUUUAAUGCACAAUUUAAUAAUUACUAAGAUGCACAAUAAGAAAAAAUUUCAAGCAAACAUAAUUAAGAACUGUUUUCUGACUAUUGUCUUUUAUAAAAUUAAAAUACUGUAAAGACAAACUCACCAAACAACUCUUUUGCAUAAUAAAAGAUAAUAUUUUAAAAUUAUUAAAAAACUAAAAAGUCAACUUUAAUUAGUUCUUAUCAGUCAUCAGAGUAAUCCCCAAUAUAACAAUAAACUGUUUAAUAGUUAAUUCUUUCUAGAUAUUAAAUUUCAGAUGAAGUAAAUGAAUUAAAUGAUAUAUAGAAUUUGUCUAACUAAUUAACAAAAAGCCAACAAAAUUAGAUAUAAACAAAAGAUUUAUUAAAUUAAGUUGCUUAAGAAGGAAAAUAUGAUUUUUAAUUAUAAAAGCUAUUGCCUUUUGAAAAUUAAAAAUUAAGUAAUCUAUAAAAAGUAUGA